AGUCAGUCUGAUUGAUUCAAUUUCCUUGCCCGAAUUCAGUUAAGCGCGAAAUUUUGCCCCGAUCGCUACUAAUCAUAACGCAUUUGGUAUUUGGUUCCAUGGCAGAGUAAACGGCGCGGCAUACGAAAAUAAACAUUGAAUAAUCAAAUUCGGCACAAACAUCUCAAAACGAAAGAAUCCAGGUCAAAAAUCUGCGAGAAGACGCAACCAGUGAACGCAGUUUCGAAUUAUCAAUUGGCAGGAAAUUAUGCAUGAGAAUUUUUCCUUACGAUUCGGAUUUGACCCGGCAAAGCAGCAUCGGAUCUGAUAUCACAUCGCACCAGGAAGCGGGGUGGCAGUUAAUUAAAGGUUGAUUCACACUAAUUAAAAUUUUUGUCCGGGUAAAAGAAGCUUUGGAUUGGCAAGGACAAAACUCCCAUUUCCCUGGUGAAAAGAGGAAAACGUUUUGUGUUCAAAUAUUUGAUGAGGAAUGAUAAUUUUAAUUAAAAUUAAACUUGUGAUCAACAUAAACUGAUAAGAAAGGUAUAAAUAUAUAUUGCACAGCGUUCAUAUAGGUGUGGGGUUAGACCCUCUUUCAACCUGAGCAAACAAAAAGGAAAAUUUCGUUAAGGAAAAAUAGCACGACAGAGAUAAUGUUCGGAAAAUUGUGUCUUCUAAUUAAUAUUCUGACAAGUUUCGCAGUGAUCGUAGUGGGGCAAAAAGACGAGGAGUUGACGAAGCUGUGCAACUUUGAUAAACCACUAAUAGAUCCGGCAGAAGAAAACGGCGGCAAGUACUGUGACUGUGACGUGGAAAAUUCUCCCCCAUGGGGCAUACCGGUGGUGAUAAUUAACUGCCAGGAUCAUCAUCUGCAAAACGAUAUAUUCCGAGCGGAAAUUUUACCACAAGGAUCCAUACGGUUGGAUGUAUCGUAUAACAAAUUUUCCUCGGUACCAAACUUUGUCGGUGAUAAGCUGAAGUACCUCAGUGUGCGUAACAACGUGAUAACAACGCUGAGAGAUAAGAAUUUUGCCAACGUUACCAGUUUGUUGGAGUUGGACCUGAGUGAGAAUAAAAUCACUACCGUGAGCAGCGAUGUUUUCGUUGGGCUAACACUGCUCAGAAAGUUAAACCUUGCUCAAAACAGCAUCGCAACAAUCCAGGGUAAUGCAUUAUCUACUUUGAUGAACCUGGAGCAUCUCGUGCUCUCGAAUAAUCCUCUCGGAAGCUUACUGAACACAUCGGAAAACGACAUCUUCCUGAAGCUUGGAGUAACGCCUCGGCUCAAUAUCAUUGAGCUGGAAAGUUGUAGCCUCGUGAACAUAGAUUUGACGAAUGGAAUCGGACUGGAUAGCGUUAUCAUGAGCUUCAACCAAUUGACGCAAAUACAAAAGCUGCCGAAAGGAAUUACCCAUCUUGACGUCAGUGGAAAUCCCAUCCGUGUGAUGACAGCGAAAUUUUUGCCUCAUCUUUUCAAUUUGCAAAUCCUCACAAUGGAGGACAUGCCAAAUCUGUAUAAACUGGACGAAUAUGCUUUAUUCGGUCUCCCGCGAUUAGUUCGUUUGAAUCUGCAAGGCUCACGCAACUUGACAUUCAUCGAUCCACACGCUUUUGGUAAAAAUGUUAUCCUCAACGAAACCGAUACCGCAUUGGAGGAACUGAUUCUGAAGGGAACCAACAUUCGAACGCUCAACUCAUCGCUGCAGUUCGCCUUCGAAAAGAUUACCCUCCUAGACCUGGCAGGAACCCCUUUGAGCUGUGACUGCGAGAUACGAUGGCUGAAAGAAUUUAAUGUAUCAACCCAUGCAUCCUGCUCGAAGCCUGCAUCCCUGCGUGGGCAACAGUUUUCCGAUAUCGAUGUAUCCCAGCUGCAGUGUCAAGUGGAAAAGUCUUGGAUUUACACGCUGUUCAACGUGUUGCUCGGUGUCCUGCUAAUUGUGCUUGUCAUCGUUGCCGGCUAUCUGGUGUACGUAACCAUUCGACCUCGACAGCAAGUGCAAUUAAGGAAAGUGGGCUCAAGUAGUCCUUACGCGAGGGUUACGAUAGAGCCAAACCAAGCUGAAAAUUUGUAGGAAGAUAAUAUGUCUUCAUGAGAUUUUUUAUUAGUAUUAAGUCUCAAUAUAUUGUCGAAUGCAGCACUAGGAGUAGAGUAAAUUCACGAUAAAUGUGAAUAUUGAUUACAAUUAUUUAUUAAUUCCCAUGUAAUGGUAUGAGUAUAAUUAUAUGCUUUUUUCGAUACGAUUUUUUUUCAAUUACUGUAAAUCGUAAUAAAAUAAUCGUAAAACGAAUGAGAAACAAAAGUUGUUUCGAUUAGUAUUCUAUAGGUAAUUAUUUAUUGAAAUCAGAAACGCUUUCGGUAAUAUCCAUAAAAUUAAAAAAAUCACACAACAUUCCAGACAAUUUUACAAUAAUGUCUCCAUCAUUAGCAAACGUUUCCAACGAAUCAAUCCAAACCUGUCACAAGUGUAAGUGUAAUUUAAGCCGGACAAUCAAAAGGAAAGUUCCUAAAUAAACAAUGAAACAUUG